AUGGCGGCUGCAGAUUUCCAUGUUGGACUGACAAGUCCCGACGCCGAGUCUCUACGUUCGUUUACGGAGACGUUACCGGAUGAGUAUCACGAAUGGGUCUCUGAAUCUGGGAGGUCUUCACGAAACGAUCAAAUCCUUGACGAUUUCCCUCAUCCGCCUAGUCGGCCUCAAAAUCUCGACGCCAUUGACGAGGAGAAAGUAUAUCCCACUCCCAGGUCGUCUAUCAAGAAUAUGAGACGGACUGUGACAACAAAUGAUAUCAACCUGGGCAUGGGUAUAACAAAUGACCUCCCCCUGCUCCAGCAAACCAAUCCCUACGAGGAUGCAGAGGAGUUUCACCCUGUCAAUGAGGAAGGCGCAUCAUAUGACUUGAUUGCGCCUUUCGAGGGCGACGAGGCACCACUCCACAAGUUGGAGCGGGUCUCCGACGUCAUGUUCGGCACCGAGCAUAUGUUACAUAUUCUCAAUAACCCGCGCUACCUAGCUCGGUUUCGCGAAUACCUUCUGGAAGAGCGGCCACGCUCAAUCUCUACGCUCACCUAUUACCUCAAUGCCACCAAAGCCCUGAAGGCAAUCCAAUUUGCGAAUGCGCUGGUACGCUUAUCGGUUGACGUCCCGCCUGCCGCUAUUCAGAAUGUUCAAGAUGACAGCGAUGCUGUCGGGAUCACCGCCAACAAAGCUUUGGAGCAAAGAGUCGAGGAUGGUCUGCGCGCUUUAACAGCCGAAGAACUUCCUGCAUUUAUCACGGCUAGGUGUAUCACCAUCACCAGCAAGAUUGUCGAGGAACGUGUGCGUGGUACACUGCCGAUGAAGUUUCGGGAUACCUCAAACGCAUUGGCAGAAGUCUUUUGCUUAACGGAUCCGACACGGCCUGAUAAUCCUAUCAUUUUUGCCUCUGAGGAAUUCCAUAGAACAACACAAUAUGGCAUGGACUAUGUGCUCGGGCGCAACUGUCGAUUUUUACAAGGGCCAAAGACAAACCCGAACAGUGUUCGGCGUAUUCGAGAGGCAAUCAAAGAGUGCCGUCAUCACUCGGAGCUUUUCCUCAACUAUCGCCGUGAUGGUUCGCCAUUCAUGAACCUUCUUCAAUGCUCCCCUCUCUGCGACAGUCAAGGUCGCGUCAAGUACUUCAUCGGCGCGCAAAUCGAUGUGUCGGGAUUAGCACUAGACGGCGCACAGAUGGAAUCCUUGAUUGAGCUGCAAUCCAGAUACCGCGAUCCCGACGAGGAAAGUGUGGCAGAGAUGCCUGAGCCCAAACACAAAGACGAGUUCCAGGAAUUAUGCGAGCUCUUUAGUCCUCGCGAACUGAAUUCUGUUCAUGAGCACGGUGGCGAUCUCUUCCAGCCAUCGAACAACCGGGCAACGAUGAGGGGCCAUCGGACGUGGAUGAAACGCGGAGGCUCCAUCGGUAGCGACUCCUUGGAGAGCGAGACUGAAGCGAUUCGCCUGCGAGAUAUGAAGUCGCCAUUACUUCGUGGAGCUCUUUCUGGUGUGUAUGAGAACUAUUUGCUUGUUCGGCCAUAUCCGUCCCUCCGCGUCCUCUUUACCUCCCCAUCUCUCCAGAUUCCUGGCAUGCUUCAGUCAUCUUUUCUUUCUCGUAUCGGUAGCUCUGCUAGUGUCAAGGACGAACUUGUGGAGGCAAUGAUGCAGGGGCGCAGUGUCACAGCACGAAUCAAAUGGGUCACUCGGUUUAACACCGAGGGUCGCAACCGCUGGGUUCAUUGCACGCCUCUGAUCGCCAGUAAUGGUCAAGUAGGAGUCUGGAUGGUGGUUAUUGUGGACGAUGACGAAGAAACACUAAUUAAUUGGAGGAACUAA